AUCCUAAACAUCACAACGCUCUUCCGUAGUAGUAAUGUGCUAUGAAAAUACAUCUGUUUUCCCCGUUAGAAAUAUAAAUUUCUUUCUUAAGACAUAACAUGUUAUUGCUAACGCCAUGGUUUUCUCAGCGCCUAUAAGAAAAUAAGAUAAAUAACGUCAUGAGAAGUGUUUCCAUUAUCCUGUAACAUGGAUCGCUACAACGAGGUGAAACUUUUACUGAAAAAUUGGGAGCAGGACUUUGUCAAACAGCAUAAGACAAAACCUAACAAGGAGGACAUUGAUCAAGCUCCAGAGGAGACUAGGCAGCUCUAUAAGGAGUACAGCAGGUUGAAACAAGCCAAAGGGAAAAGCAGCAGAGAAGCAGCAACCAGUGAUCCUGGUUCUGCAACCAGUGAUCAUGGUCCUGCAACAAGUGAUCCUGGUCCUGCAACAGUCCCAGCUGAUUUUAAAUCAACCCAGAAGGUCCUUGAAUCAAAGGAGGAGUCAGAUUUUUGGGGGACUCAUCUGAAUCGCAAAGCAAUGCCAAUAUCUUCUCCCACACUAAAUUGCCAGGAAAGAGAGAAUCUUAAUGCUUCCUCCCAAUACUAUGGGCUUAAGCUUAAAAAUAACCUGGCUACGCUGAGUAAGGAAAGACCUACUUCACUGAAGAAAUCGCACAUCUCUGGUCGGGUACCUCUGAACUAUUUAAAAGAUGGACAAACUAUAUCAAAAAAUAGUCCAAAUUCCGGUGCAGCUGCAGAGACUUCAACCACUGGCCAAGCACCCGGCCUCUUCUCACCAGGAAGAAUGAAGGCAUGCCAGAGGUCACUAACUUCAAAACCCGCUCCCCCAGAGGAGCCUGAAGACCAGUUUAAACCCUUUCAGGCGGAAACUCCAGAUUCUGUCAGUUCUUUCAGUAGUAAUGGUUAUAAAAGCAUUGAUCAAGACAGUAGUUCUCAUUUCAGUCCAACUAGGUUAACUUCAACCACACCUUCUUCCCUGCUGUCAUCUCUAUCUCCUAAAUCUACCUUUGGAACAUUGAAUGAAGUUUCUGGAGCCAAAGAGAAGUUAAAUGAAAACACAGGAUCUUUAAGAGACCAAAAAGAGAAUUUGGUCUCAUUAGAACAUCCAGAUAGGAGUAUUGACUCUGGGAUUUCAGCUGGAUUUAAAGGCGGUCCGCCGUUACUCAAAGAGGGAUCGGUAGGACGGCCAUCUCCUGCCAGAAGGUUGACUUUAGUCGACAAGAAGUGGCUUCAGAGGUGUCAGGUGUUUGGAGAAUUGGAAGCUGAAGAAAAACCUGGAGCAGGUAACCAUGACAUAAAAAUGGAUAAAAGAAUAGAAAAAGAAAGAGAGCCGGGAACGGGAGUGCAAACGGCAGGAAAAGAAGAUGUAGAAGAAAAAGAAUCUUUUGAAAGAGAUGGAAAAUUGUCAGUUGUCAUAAGGGAUAAAUUAGUUGGAGAAAAUGAAUCGCAAUCUGCUCAACAGUCCCUGGGAAAAGCCAAAGGAGGAGGGGAAGGAAAAGAGAAGAAGAAGAAGAAGAAGAAGAUGGAUGGGGAGGUGGAAAGAGCACCAGAAUUGGUCGUUAGAGCAGAUGAUGACAAUCAGAGUAGCCCCAAAACAAAAACUGUAAAGAAGAGGGCGAGGAAGAGGAUGAGAGAGGGGGAUGACAUGGAGGAUAACACUACUGAAGAAGGAAUGGUAAAAAAGAAACGGAGGAAUAGUAAAAAGAAAGAGGAGACCCCUAUUGCAAACACAAACUCAACUACUGCAGGGAGAGCAAAGAAAAAGAGAAGCAAGAAAAAGGGAGAAGACGAAGAGGAUGAAGAUGCAAAAGAACCAGAAGUACCAAAAAAGGCUCCAACGGAGAACUUGUUGGGAGAAAUAGAUGAAAUAGAAUUCAGAAGUAAAAGAAGAUAUCCCACACAGUCUGUCAAAUCCAGUUCAGCAAAAAAUGCAGAGGGGAACUUUGUGAAGAUAAAUCUGAAGAAGAAAUCCCAUGUCAAAGGUUAUGCCCUGAGAGGGAUGGCGCUACGCAAACAGAUGCACAUGCAUAAGUUCCAGCUGAAAGGAGAGCGGUUUGGCGGUGGAGGUUACGGCCGCGGUCGGGGGGGUUGGGGGGGGCGGGGUGGCUUCAGGGGGGGGCUCAGUCGUCAAGGUGACAGCUGCUACAAAUGUGGAGGGACCGGACACUGGGCCAUCGACUGCAAGGGACCAGCUCCUCCACCUCCCGGUCCCGACGACAAGUUUGCUGAAGAGGAACCAUUUGAACUUCCCACCUUGGAGGAGGUUGCCCGGGCAACGGGAACGCUGCAACCUCAGUCACUAGUGGCAUAUCCCAGUGUUAAAGAGGAACAGCACCAGCUGGAGAAGGGAGCGGACAGCAACAAAGACGAUGAGACGUUGCUGAACGUGAUUCGUCCCGACUACGAGCGUCCUGCUGCUCCACCGCCCAUGGAGCCUCUUUAUCCUCUCACAGAUACUGGGAAGGUCCAGGACGCCCCUGAUGAAGUCCAUGCUGCUCUAAAAGACCUCGGCUAUCAGUCGUUCAGACCGGGGCAGGAGGAGGCCAUCAUGAGGAUCCUGUCAGGUCUCUCUACCCUCGUCGUGCUGUCGACUGGAAUGGGUAAAUCAUUGUGUUAUCAGCUCCCAGCUUAUCUGUACGCUCAGCGAUCAAAAUCCAUCACUUUGGUCAUUUCCCCUCUCGUUUCUCUGAUGGACGACCAGCUUUCUGGUGUGCCAGCUAAACUGAAGGCGGCUUGUAUUCACUCCAACAUGACAAUGAAACAGAGAGAAGCUGCAAUCGAAAAGGUGAAGGCUGGCCUGGCGUGUGUGCUGCUCCUCUCUCCGGAGGCUCUGGUGGGUGGAGGCGGCUCCAGCGCGGGGUGUCUGCCCUCGGCCCAGGAGCUGCCGCCGGUCGCCUUCGCUUGUAUUGACGAAGCUCACUGCGUGUCAGAGUGGUCACACAACUUCAGACCCUGCUACCUGAGGCUCUGUAAGGUUCUGCGGGAGCGUCUGGGGGUGCAGUGCCUGCUGGGACUCACAGCUACAGCCACUCUGUCCACGGCCAUGGACAUCGCUCAGCAUCUGGACAUCACUGAUGAGGACGGGAUUGCAGUGAGAUCUGCAGCCGUGCCUCCAAACCUCAAUCUGUCUGUGUCCACGGACAAAGAAAAGGAUCAGGCUUUAGUUUCCCUGUUGAAAGGUGAUCGUUUUGGUUGUCUGGACUCCAUCAUCAUCUACUGCACCAGACGGGAACAGACUGGCCGCGUGGCGGCGCUGCUGAGGACCUGCCUGCAGGGAGUGCUGCUGAAAGAAAACAAGCAAGCAGGGGCCAGCAGUCAGAUGCAGAGCAACCCUGUGGCACAGAAAAAGAAGGAGUUGGCACGGAAGAAGAUUCGUAAGCCGCUGAAGUGGCAGGCCGAGUCGUACCACGCUGGCCUGUCGGGGUCGGAGCGCCGACGCGUCCAGAACAACUUCAUGUGUGGAGAGCUGAGGAUCGUGGUGGCCACCGUGGCGUUCGGCAUGGGUCUGGAUAAAUCUGAUGUUCGCGGUAUCAUCCACUACAACAUGCCAAAGAGCUUUGAGAACUACGUUCAAGAAAUUGGGAGGGCAGGGAGAGAUGGAGAUCCGGCUCACUGCCACCUCUUCCUUGACCCUCAGGGUGAGGAUCUCCAUGAGCUUCGUCGGCACAUCUAUGGAGACACAGUGGACUUCUACACAGUCAAACGACUCGUCCAGAAAGUUUUCCCUGCAUGCAAAUGUAAACAAAUACACCAGAAACAACAGGAACUUUGGGAGGAUGUUGAAGACGCUGAGAUGUUGGAAGCCGUUGAUGUCUGUGAUCAGGAGAGCAAAUUCAACUGUGGUUCUCAGCAAAACGUUCUGCAUGAACCUUCUGAUGCACAGAUGUCAGAUCCUGAUUCAGCCAGGCAAUCCUCUCAAGAGGAUGGACGUGAAGACGAGGAGAAGAAAGAAGAGGGCGAGAGGAAUGGAGACGUGACAGUUAAGGACAAAGAAGCUGAUUGUCAGAAAAGCCCAAAAGUGGAGACUUAUUAUUGGCCGAAGGAGCGAGUGUGUCACUCUCAUGAAAGAGCGAUUCCCAUCGAAGAGAAUAUGCAGGGUCUGGAUAUCACAGAAGAAGGUGUAGAGACGCUGCUGUGCUACCUGGAGCUGCACCCGCAGCGCUUCGUGGAGCUUCUCCACCCGACCCUGUCCGUGUGUAAAGUCAGCUGCUACGACGGACCGAAACAGCUGCAGAAAAUCACUAAACUUUGCGCUCCGAUUGCGGUGGUGUUGGCCAGGAUGAGGAUGGCGGGGGAACAGGUGGAGCGGUGCAGUCAGGUGGAGUUUGACGUCGUGGAGGUGGCGGACACGAUGGGAUGGCAGCUUCCUCUCGUGAAGAGAGGACUCAGACAGCUGCAGUGGAGCACGGAUAGAGGCGGACGAAGUGGCAUCCUUGUUGAAUUCUCCUCCCCUUCUUUCUACUUCCGUUCCUGCGGUGACCUGAGUGAUGAGGAGAUGGACAGAGUUUGUCAGUUCCUCAAUAACAGAGUGCAGGAACAAGAGAGAACUCGGCUGUAUCAGCUCACAGCUUGCUUUAAGGCCUUUAAGAGUGUUGCCUUCCAGAAUGUGACCUCAUGUGUGGAUGAACUGGACGGGAGUCGCAGCGUGAAGCUGAAAGAGCUGCUCUCUGAAUACUUCGAUAAGAGGCGGGACAAAGACCUCACACUCAAACCCUUGCAACUGGAAGAGCUUGACAAUUAUAAGCUGUUGGACUGGGAGACUCAGAUCAGAUCUGACAUCAGAAGUUUUCUCUCCACCCGAAGUGAUGAGAAGUUUUCUGGAAGAGCAGUCGCUAGAAUCUUGCACGGCAUAGGCAGUCCGUGUUAUCCUCCUCAAAUAUACGGCAGAGACAGACGUUACUGGAGGAAAUACAUCCAGUUUGACUUCAACGAACUCAUCAGACUGGCAACUCAGGAAAUCAUUCGCUUCAAGUGAUCCGUCCAAACCGUGCACACAUACUAAACAAUCCACCCACAAUAAUCUGUGUGCACAGCUCGCACACAAAACAGGCUCUUCAAAUGUUUGCUUUUGUCAUAGCAGUCCAUGUGAGGUUUCAUUUUGUUUUAUACAUUUUUGUCAAUUGUAUGUCGACCCCAAUUCAAUAAAAACGUAUAUUUUUCUAAUUUAA